AUGCGGGGGGCUGUAGUUCUCACUUUGGCUCUUUUUUAUCUGCUGACAUGGACUGGAGAGGCGGACAAACCGACUCAUCUCCAGCGGGCGCAGCUGCACAGACGCACCAGACAUGGGCGAGUCCAGCUGGGCACAACGGACAAGGAGCGCCUUGUUGGCCGUUUGCGCCCUGGGUUUAGUUCAGCUAUCUCUGUGCACGCUGCCAAGAAGGAGGAGGAUGUGCACGCGGAUGAAGGCGCUCAAGACCUCGACAGGUCAGAGACUGUGCAGGGCAGGAGAGCGGUGCCAAGGAAAGGAGUGUCCGGACAGAUCGGUCUGCCCCGUCAGCAUGACAUGCAGCAGGAUGAGGGCACCCCUGGAGCGCGCGCCAGGGUGGCCCGGAUGCCCAGCAGCGCCGGGUCACCCAACCUGCUCGCCAGUUUCGCAGGGAAGAACCGCGUCCUGGUGAUCUCUGCUCCUCAUGACUCAGACGGAUACUACAGACUUAUGAUGUCUCUACUCAAACCGGAAGUUUACUGCGAGCUGGCUGAGAGGCACGUCCACCAGAUCGUCAUGUUUCAUCAGGAGGGGGAGAUGGGGGGCAAGGUGAGGAGGAUCACAACGGAGGGGAAGGUGAUGGAGGAGCCACUGGACACAGCUCUCAUCCCCAGACUCAUGAGCUUCCUCAAACUGGAGAAAGGUGAGGUCAGAUCCUGAAGGGGGUGAUGGAAAACUGCCUUAAAACCCCUUUUUGAAGUGUCUUAACUCUAUUUUUAGUCAUCCUUAUUGACCCUGAGCAACAGCAGGGUGGUGAGACUUCCUCAUAAGCUGCAGAUGGCAUGACACUGGAGGGUGAAACUGCAGAGCUGCCAGUGGGAUAUCUGCAUAAGUCCCAAAGUGCUCAGAAACAAUGAUUCAAUGCACUCUUAAUGUGCAUGUGAUUAAAAAGGGAAAUUAUGUUGAGACAAAAGCCAAAUAAUAAGCGUGUUUCAAUAUUCACACACCUGUAGUAUCCAGGUGGAAAUGAUGCAACAAAUAAGCCAGGUAACUUUAAAAUCUGCUUCAAGAGUGUCAAAAAAUACUGAUAAUCCACUCCUGCCACAAACUGACAGCCAAGAAAUUCAUCCUUAGCUUGAAAAAAAAUGAAGAUUUAAAUGGAUAUUAUGGUGUAAAAUUAAGUUAGGGACAAACACACCGAGUUAGACACCCUGUCAAGAGAUGAAUGUUGCCGACUCCUUGCUUCUCCAGUUAUACCAACUUUAGUAACGACUGCAGAUAGCAAUACACAGAGCCACACGCUCAACCAAAACGCCACUCUACAGCCACAAAUAUUGCUCAGAACAGCACCUAACUUCAUCAACAGUACAUAUAGGGUCCCAGCCACAGCACUAGCCACCAAACAUCGUUUUAACUUUGCCUAAUUUCUUUAGCAAAGAGACUAAACACAACUCACCCAGUCCAUCAUCUGCAGCGGGGUGAUGCAGCUCAAGGAAGAACAUUUAUGAUCAUUUCUUCAUGGAAAUGCAAUCAGAUCGAGAUGCUAAGACAGAAGAACUACCGCGUCUGCAGUGCAAAAUGAUUAAUAUGAUGAUUAUUACUUCAAGCAAAUGAUAAAGUAAUGAUCAUAAAUGUUCUUCCUUGAGCUGUGUCACACUGCUGCAGUCGAUGGACUCCACAGAGGUCUCCGUACAAACAAGCGGCUGCUAGAGGAGAGUGGGUGAGUUGUGUUUAGUCUCUUUACUAGAAAAGAGGCAAAGCUAAAAAGGUGACGCUCAUUUAAAUACUUUGCACAUGAGGUGAUAUAAAGAUUCCUAGAACACACCUGAAAGCUAAACCUGUCCUAAAUUGGCCCAUUGUGACCAAAAUAAACAAACAGAAACAAGAAAUACCAGAUUUUGACUAUUUUCUGAAAAACACUGUGAUUCUUUGACUUGCAGGUAAGUUUGGGAUGGUGCUGCUGAAGAAGACGCUGCAGGUGGAGGAGAGGUACCCAUACCCUGUCAGGCUGGAGGCCAUGUACGAGGUGAUCGACCAGUCCCCCAUGAGGAAGCUGGAGAAGCUGCGACAGAAAGGCUUUGUGCAGAAGUGCAGAGGAGCCGGUGUGGAGGGCCAGGUGGAGGAGGGCACGCUCACAGGUGAGAAAGAGAGAAAAGGGGUCAUGACAAGAAUUUUUUUUCCUGUUUAUUAUCAUGAGAGUAAGAGGAAACACGGAGUCAGACUUAUUUUUCCCCUCAGGGUCAGAGCUGCAGAAUUUAAGUCUCAUUUCAUCAGUUUUGAGAAAUAAAGACAUCUGGAUUCACUGGUUUAUAGUUUAAGAGAGUGUUCCCAAGCGAAAAUACACAUUAAACAAAUUCAGCAUCAGUGAUAUCCAAAGAGAACUUUGUUUUCAUUUUGGGUCUGUUUCAACUGAAGAAAACCAUGUGUUUUGUGUUUUUAUUUAAUAAAGGACAAGCUGUUCCUAGAAAGAAAUGCAAAUGCAGAAAACAUCUGCAAGGCUAGAUGUCCUCUGAGGUUGAAGGUGAUAAAAUGAUGACUCAGUGGAAAUUGGAUUGAAGUGGCCCUCUGAAAUUACAAACAGUUAGCCUCUACAAAGAACAGCACACUUGAUUUUUCGUUUGUCUUUUAAUGUAAUUUUGGAGUGAUUGUGUACUUUGACUUGUGAUGAAUCUUUUGAAUGAUUUGGAGUUAAUCAGACCAAGUGCGAGUAGUUUUUGAAGCGCUCUACUAAGGCAGAUUGCAAUUAUUGCUGCAACCAGUGGUAACUUGGCCUGAUUGAAGUUUGUCUGCAUUUAAAGUAAGUUUUAAAUCAUAAAACUUAGUUGAACAGUAUCUAAAGCUGUUUACAUCUUUGCAAUAGCUAGGACUGGUGUGGAUGCUGAGCCUUAGAUCAGUGUCAUCUGCAGAAAAAAUUAAAAUAGGCAUUAGAAACAUUUUGACAUUAUUUAUCUAAAGAAUGACAAAGAGAAGUCGAAGGACCGACCCCUGAGGAACUCCUUUGGUAACUGUCAGUGUAACCGAAAAGUGUCUGUUAAAACUUUUAAUUCAACCCCAAAUGAAAUGGGGAAAAACAUCUACCUUGUUGUCCUUCUGUGUGUUUGCAGCUGUAGAUACUCCAGUCGAGAGAAAACCAGGCAAGAAGAUCCUCAGAAAGCCACCAACCACAGCUGCCACAACAACCACCACAGCAACUACACGCCCAACUACAACAACCACCACCACCACCACUACUCCCCCAACAACCACGACCCGUCCCACCACCACAACCAGAGCGACAACCACCACCAAGGCAACAACAACAACCAAAGCAACCACAACAACCAAAGCAACCACAACAAAGGCAACCACCACUAGAAGAACCACCACCAAACGACCCACCACGACCAUGAUGACCACACAGCGACCAACCAGAGCCCAGACCACUGCUCUGUGGCUCCCCGCCCCCAGAACCACAGUCGACCCUUACUACUACAACCGCAGAGAGAGGGAGCGGUACCCGGCUAAGACCACCCCGUCAGGAGACAACCGCACUGACAAGGACGGCAGAGACCCAUACAGACGAAAACUGGUUCCUUCCAUACAUAGACCCUCCAAGGUCAGACCCACCAAGAGGAAAAACGGGGGAGAGAAGGUGAACAAAGAAAUUUCUUGUUUGUUCUGGUAUGUUUGGAAAUGACUAAAAGCUUCAGUUUAAUCUGUGAAAGUUGUACACAAAAACCCACAACAGCAUCAACACUUUUGGUAUCAAACUUGUCAGUCAUCGUUCACACUGAAAAGGUCACAAAACAUGCACAACUAGUGCUGAAGACACUUAAUCAUCAACUUUAACAGUUCUAUGAGCCUUUACUUCACUGUGACAUCCAAUUCCAAGUGAUUCACAACAAAGUGGUCCAGGUCUAGUAACAAAAUACUCAAACUGGACCAUGAAAACUUUUUUCUAAUAAAACUUUAUUUUAGAGACGACGAAGCUACCCACUCAGAGAGGAAACACGUCUCUUUGUUCAGAUCGUGUGUUAUUCAGAAGUGUUUGAAGGAGCAGACAUUUCACAAGAACAAAUAACUCGACCAGUGUUUCCAAGGACAUGCAUGUGCAUUUGGCUCCUUGUAAUAGAGUUUAUUUGGCUGCAGAAUCAGAGAUUUUAAUUCAAGUGCCAUCUCUGAAGGAUGAAGAUUUUAACUGGUAACUCUUACUGCCAAAUCGGCCACCAUUGCCAAAUUUCUUUUUGUUCAAUAGUUGAUUUUAUUUGCCAGAAAAUGUAGAAAAUACUGAGACCACAACCUCCAAAACACAGACACUGUGUUUUUUGGUGAGUUUUGUUUGAAUGCUGUUUUAAAAAUCAGGCUUGAUUUUCAAAAAGGACCUGAUUUUCAAAUAACAACAUAUCCAUUUGUGCAGGUGAUAUCCAAUGAGUACGAGGACAGGUAUGAACCCAGCAAACCUACUGUAAGCGAUCCAGAGGAGACUGAAUCCUUCACCGACAUCAGUCCAACUAAGAGAGUCAAAGGCAAACACGACAAACACGAUAAGAAGAAGAAAAAGAACGACAAAGCUGCUAAAAAGGCUGAGAGGAGAGGAGGAGGAGGAAAGGCAGGAAAGAUCGGAGGAAAGAAAAAUGGAAAGAAGUUGUCCAAGUACCCUGAGAAAGAGGACUAUCCGAAGCCCACCAAGAAACCAACACCUCCUCCUAAAGGGUCUUUGGCCUCCUUCCUGGACUACUUUGAGAAUAGGAGGCGGCUGCUGGUAAGAGCAACACAUAACUCACAGCCCUGCACACACUCAGUAACCCUAAUGUCUGAUAGAUCUGCUCUUUCAGGCUUCAACAAAGGGACAUUAGAGUGCAGUGGAUUUAUGAUGCAAAUUCCAAUUUUAAAAGGACCAGCAGAUAUAAACCAGGGCUCGUCUAAAUACUGGAACUGGCCACUUUGCAGCAUGCAUCAAUCUUAGGCGUGCACAACAGGUGCUGUGACCACUUGGGGCUUUGAUUUGAGCAAUAACAUUAUCAUAUCUGUCCAUUCAAACCAAGGUUAAAGCUAGCCUUUAAUUCAAUUAGCUUUGCCUGACUUAGUCCAAAAUGUACCAGUGAACCUCCCACUAAAACUUGUAGCCUUAUAUUUCUCAAGAAACUUUAAACACACACUUUAUUGAGGACUAUUAAAGGUUUUCAUUUAUCUUCAAGCAAAGCUAAUGCAGACCAGUAUUUGUCCUCUGCUACAUGUGCAGAGAGGACUGUAAACAUUUGACUCGCUGUGAGUGAGACCAAGUACCUUUGUGACCAAGUCACAAAGUUGGCCCAGCAAUUUUACAUCAGUUGGAGAGGCAGAAAUGCUCUUUCGAUUCAACAUAACUCAAGUUGCACAAGAUUUCCAAGCUGUUUGGUUUCUUAAAACAUCUAAAAUGUCAACAUGAGGCAGAAAUUUAUAUUGAAAAUAAAUGUUUAUAUAUGUUAUUGCUAUAUGUUAUAAUAGCUAUCCCCAUAAUAGAAAUAUUACUAAUGUAACAUACAUGGAAUGAUUUAAUGUUUUAUGAUUUAAAAUAACUGCGUUGUGUGUGUAGGCCUAUAGCUAUUGCUCUAACUAUCUGCUUAAUGUUUAUGAAAAUCCACGGUUUAAAUUAUUCUUGAGUAUGCAGGAACAUAACUAAAACUCUGAGGUUUGUUAUAAAACAAACCGUUCGAAAAUCGGUUUAAAAUUAAGAAAUCUAUGGUUAUUUAAAUGCUACAUGCAUCUUAGACUGUAAUGUUAUGAGUGGGCGAGCGUCCCGUAGCAAAAUGGCCGCCAUGCGCGGACGUCGGUCUCCAUUGGCUAACAGCUCGCGUAAGCCAUCUAGCGUUUAUAUAUCUACGGUUUCAGUUAUCAAGUCGAAAAAAAAGGAAAAUCGGAGGCGGAAUAAGGUGGCUAUAUCUAAAAAAAACAUUUGAGCAUCUUGUUUCCGGCCUCCGUUUUUGCUUUUCUCCGACUUUGUAACUGAAACGCUGGUAACACGGGUGUGACGUCAUUUUCAGCUCGGACUUCUGACUUCCGCGGUAACUCGAACUCACCAACAAACAGCGGUUUACAGCCGGUACGCAGCGGCACGCAAACUUUCACCCCUUCAGUGUAAGUAGGCUACAUUUGCUUACCGUGUUGCCGCACGUCAGUCUGCACUCUGCAUUCUGCAUUGUAACCGUAGUAAUCCAAUAGGACUAUGCUGCUUGCGAGUGAGUCGUAUCUACUUCCGCAGAUAGACGCCGGAGCGCUCGGUGCGCACUUUUGAUUGGACGCCGGUUGCCUAGGCGCUGGGGAUCGUCUUCCGCCUUAUGCGGAAGGAGGGAACUUCCAAGAAGAGAAAGAGAGAUGCAGCAGAUGAUGAUACUGUGGUAUCAGAGUCGACAUCUCGUUAAACUUAGGUGAGCUCCUCUUGCACCAAGCUUAUGGUAAAAGUACAGUCAAUAGAAAGAAAAGUAAUCUAUCGUUGAAUUUUUAAGCACUGUUGUUCCCUGGGGCCACAGAUCAUUAAGUUAUAUCUUCAUUUUAUCUCCUAUAGAGUCCAAGUUGAGUCAGAUUCACUCGUAAAGCAUGUUUAAACAAAGCUCCUGAAGACUGAAAGUAGGCAGUAGAAAUUCACAGCUUUACAUCAAACUGCACUGGAAUGUAAUAUAAAUAGGGAUAAAGUAUGUGGAGCCUCCUUCCUGCAGCUAUCCGAUAGGUUGCACAGCUGUGAGUUUGCAGACUGUAUGUCUCUGUUUUUCAGCCAGCAGAGAUUCUUAUCACAGCAGUGCUGUGGGCAGGCUGGGAAAAUAUGCCCCAUCCUCCUCGGUGCUGCAGGUUAAUGUAAACACCACCUCUGCGGCACACUGUGGAUGAGCGUGUGUGGGUUCUUCAUUUCAUAAAGAUGACACUUUAACCUCUCCCUCCCUCCCUGCAGCUGAUAACAUCCCCUAGUGAGGAGAACAGCAUGUAUGCUCAGCAGAGAGACGAGUACCUGGAGUCCGUGUGUGAAAUGGCCAUCAGGAAAGUCUCUAUCAUCACCAUCUUUGGUUCCCUCACCAACUCCACCAUGAAAAUCGACCACUACCAGCUGGGUGAGUCUCUCCCCCACAUGCAGAGUGAGCGCACAGUUUGAAUCUCCUUAUCGCGGAGUGGAAAACCUCAGAAGAGUUUCAUCUGUGACUCAAAGAAGUUUCAUAAUAACGAUCAGCUUUUCUCUCAGACAGAAAUGGAAACACAAACAAGCUCCCAUCUGGUUUUCCUAAAGCAUCCCUCUCUGCUCCGUCAGUGGUCCUUGUAGUUGUUGAGUCAUGCACAAUCUCUGAGUAACUGUUUAUGAAACCGGGGUGAUUUCAUCUUUCAGGCUUGCAGAAUCUUUUGUCCUUUUAAAAGUUGUGUAACUUUAACACAUAAGGUUAACUUUUGUCGGUUAUUUGACUUUAUUUGAAAAUUGAUUAUCAUGCAAAGACAUCAGCGCACACUAGAUAUCUGAAUAUGCCCAUAAGACAGUUGAGUUGUGGGAAUUGAUUAUCUUUUGCACACAUGCAGAAGAUAAUUAUCUUAUGUUUCCAAAUAUGUUGGAAACCGCCCUGUCCGAUCCGUCUGAUCACCUUUUUUGGACUUGAGGGGUUCUGUAGUUUGACUUUUUGUCUUGGGUGGUGCAUGCAUCAUUCAUAAACUCCACAAAGCUUCAGACUCGCUGCUCCUGCUUAAAUUCAUAAGAGGUUUAUUGUGUAACUUCAAACUAAGAGGGAGACUGGGGGAAACGUCUCCUGCCACGUCUCCUGUCCUGACCUUGUUUUACCUUCCUCACAUGAUGUAGAACGAAACGCUUUCUGCAGCUACAAGUAUAACUUUCAGAAUUCACUCCGACUCUGCCAAAACCACAGCAUUGUGUCCUUCUUAUUGUGUUUUUCCGUGAGCAGGUGAUUUCAGAGCGAGCCAGCUUCACAGUCCUCUGAACUCCUCUGCUACGGCUUUAAUGAGCACGUCCUCCUAACUUUUUAUUGUACUUUUAUACUUUAAUGGGAGGGUGUGGGUCUUCCUACAGAAUGUAAGAGGAGAUCAGCAGCUGUCGGAUUAAAAAAAAAGGUCGGUAUCAUAUGUAUCAUGGGAAGAAGGGGAAACACUCUCCACUGCCAGGAAACAUACCUUCCUCAUGUGUCAUCCUGAACAGGGAGGUAAAUCUGCUUCUCUGGAUUCAGCUACAGCGGAGCUCCUGAACUUUUGUACCUGCUCCCUCUGUUCUCUUUUAUUAACCUUUUCAGAGUCCAAAUGACUUAUAGGUAUAAAAACUUUGGGAAUUUCUCAAGCAGAUAGCCUCACCUGACGGAUAUAAAACAGGCUAUAAUAGCAAUAAGCGAUUAACUUUAAGUUUUAUAGAUUAAAGUUUAUUUUGAAUUUAAAACAGCUGCAAAAUCCCCAUAAGUUAAACCCACCAGACUACUGAAAGAGUAACAUAGCCCUUUAAUGCCUGAAACCACAAAUUAUGGCCAAAAAUUCAAGUUUUUUGGAGCUGAAAUGUUUAUUUCACUUACUACUAAAAACCCCCCAAAAAUCAAAAUGUCCUUAAAAUUUAACAAAUAUAUUUAUUUAUCUUGUCUGAUACAUUAGAUGUUUUUGGAAACUGAAAAACUACAAGGACAUUUUUAUCAUUUGUCAGACUGUAUUCAGGUGUUUUUUUUUUUAGUAAUUUGUUGAUCAUAUUGAUUUGAUUGAAGUAUAAAAAAGUAUGUAUCAACAAAUAUGAUACAAAAGGCAUUAAAUCGUUUUAAAGUCGGCUAAUUUUGGCCAAUUAAAGGUUUUGUUGUUGCUUGUUUGGUGGAUUUAUUCCAAAAUCUGUUGCACUUGUUUCCAUUAAGAUCUGAAAUAUGUUAGAAAAUAAGGCCUCGGUUGAGAGACACUGGAAUGCCUCUUUAAACCGUCAGGGCUGUGCACAGUUUAAGCAGCUUUUUAAACUGCAAACAGCUGCUUUUUAAAAGGAGAAAAAAAAAACAAAAAGCUGUUUUCAUCUGCUGUAAUUCGUGCUCGUUGUUCCUUCACAUUCAGAGACAUUUUACAGCCGUCUCUGACCACAGUCUCUGAUGAGUGUGUGUGAAUGUCGGGACAUUUAAAUCCACUUUAAAAACCUUUAUUAGUCUGUCACUCUGCAUGAUGACGAGCUUUUUUCUCGGAGGAAUGCUGGGAAAAAAAAGUGCCGAGGCGACGUCACCCGCCCACACCCACCCACUCAUGGCUGGACUCGGUUACACUUUUCUUCCACUCACGGGCCAGAGGGUCAGUGUGUGUGUGUGUCUCAGUGUGUGUUUCAGUGUGUGUGAGCCUAUACUGUAUACAAACAAGCGCUUCUUUCAGCGUGGCCCCUCCUUCAGUUUUGAGCUGACCUCAUAUGAGUUUUUUGGUGAGCAGAUUGUGUCGUAGGCGGAAUAUGUUUGAGUUUUUGUCGUAUAUUUUCUCAGUCUGCUGUCUCCAACAUGUGCUGGGGUUUUCCUGAUUUGCUCGCACACAUUACUCAGCACCGAGUGGGUGAACCGUCCACCAAAAUACAGCGCUCUGCGGCCGCCUAAAUGCUGGUAGUUGUGAUUAAAAGCUUUAACUCUGGGCUGCAGAAACCCCAACUACAGUAAUUUACUGUAAAAGUAGAAAUAUUCUAACUUCGCUGGAUCUCCUCUUUGAGUCUGUCCUUGAUUUUUUUUCUUCCUUUUCUUUACCGUGUCAGACAGAUUUUUCAGAGCUCCAUUGUUUUGAGCUCAGUAAUGGAAAACACAUCAUGUCCUAAUGUUUUGGAGCUGAACACUCACACUGUGUUUGUGUUUUUAAGGUUGAUUCGAUGGAAAAACUUAUCACUGCUGAGUUGUUUUUCAUCCAGAGAGCUGACAGUUUGUGAAAGGCUGUCAUUCUCACAUUAGAGAACAGAUAUCAAGAAAUAAUCUGAUGGGACUGAAAAUGUCAGAUUAGAUCAAGUCUUGAAAAAGGUGUUGUUCAAAUCAUCCAGUUUGUGUUGAGCCCUUGAGUAGGAUCGGGGUAAAUGUGACCCAGAACAUCCAGAGAAAGAUGGAUUACAGGAACUAGAUGUGAAGAAACUAUUGCGGCUUUCCUAGUAAAAGUCGCUUGAAGCAGAGGAUAGGUCCUGUAUAUUUGUGUGACACGCUGCUGCUGUUCCAAAGAAGCACCCAAAGAAAAACACUUCCACAGUCGCCAUUGAUUACACACGCACAUCAGAUAGAAUAUGUGUACACUUUGUGAUGUGUAUCAUUGCAAACAACAAACAUAAAGCGCGGUCAACAAAAAUUACAGCUACCUAAGCUCACCCCUUCACCCCAAUGCAAGUAAGACCGCCCCUUAUAUAACCUACCGGCUUUCAAAAGCAGUGCCCACAUGACCCAAGCCCAGUGAAACCAGUGGCAACCAGACAAAAGUAACUGAACACAGGAUAACCGAUAAGCAAGGCAACAUUACGGCUCUACAGAAACUUUUAAACUACAAUCAUAAUGAUACUAGAGUCAUAACUGCUCUAGAAAUAGUUUUAUUUUGCCUUCUCAAACAAAAAAUUAAACUCAUCUCUGUGUACUUGUGUUUCGUUUCCUUCAGAAAAUGACAAACCGAUGAAAGGUCUUCGUCAGGAGGAUCUGGUGAACCAGGAUCUGAUCACAGAGCUGAGGAAAGAGUUCAGUAUGGUGUACGAGGACUUCUACAUGGUCCUCACCGACAACGACAUGAGAGUCAAGGUAAGGAAUCGCUCAUCACAAGGGGCUCUGAAUGACCCUGCAGGGAUAACCGAUGAUAUUACAAGUAAUAAAAGGAGGGGAGAACUAGUCUGAAAACUUUCUAAACAAGACAGAAAAAUGAAAAACAAAAGUACCGCUGUCGAGCUGCUGACCUGAACCCACUCAAACUUUCUGCCUGAGGUUUAAAGUCCUUCUCUUUCUGGGUUGUUUUUCUCAUUAAUUCACGGCGCUGCUGUUGGUUUGCAUGUCUCUGCUCUGUAUUUUCGUCCCCGCACUUUCAUCCUCCCUCUUUUUUUUAAGGUUUACUGACCCGGACUCGUACUGCCAACACACUGCCCUCACUAAAACACUGUUUAAUUCACCCAACAUGACAUUUACCCAACACCUGAGAGUGUGUGCGCAAGCCAGGGGAAAUCACCUGGCUGUUUUUGGACGGGUCCAUCAAAGAGGCCAGUGUUCGCUCGCUGCUGACGGACGCAGAGACAGGAGUGUGUGGAGGAUGUGUGUGUUUGCAGUGUGUGUGUGUGUUUGCAGGGUGUAAAGGCAGAGACAGGAGAGAAGAGAAGGUGUGAAAGAGUGAAAAUGAGCUGAGCAGCAGAGUCAGUAAAUCCUCCGAAGGUGUGUUCGAGUGUGUACAAGUGUGUGCGGUUCAUUUCUCUGCCCGUGUUGGACGUCUCGCUGAGAUUUUCCAGAGUUUGUACGUUUAGCUGAAUUCUGUGUCAUGUUAAACUGAUAUUUCUUGCACUGCUUCCCAGAAGUUAUUAAGAGGAAUGCUUGUGAUGUGGCUUUUCUGCACCACAUCUACUAUCAUGUUCCAAACCUCCACUUCAUCACUUUAUUGGAAACAGUUUCUUCAUUGUUUCAAACAGAGGAAUUUUAUUUCCAUGACCUCUGAGUCCUCUCCAGAACAUUUUUCUCACAGGCAUAUUGAUCCGUUUAUCCUUUGGCCUCACCACGAUGAUAAAAAUGCAGCAGCGGAUGAUGAUCCUUGUUGUUGUUGUUUGUUUUUGGUUUUAGCAAUCCUACGAGGUUCCCAUCGCCAUGAAGGCCGUCUUCGACUACAUCGACACCUUCUCGUCUCGUAUCCGCGAGAUGGAGCAGCAGAAGAGGGACGGGGUCGUCUGUAAGAAAGAGGACAAGCCAAGGUCACUGGAGAACUUCCUGUCGAGGUAAAAGUUGUUUUUACAUUUUUGAUACUCAGCAGCAAGUAAAACAAGAGAAAAAGACAAUGUGUCACUUCUUCUCUUCACUGUAUGAGCUUUGGCUAAAUUUUACUUGAUAAAAUAGAUACCAGAUUUCAUUUUUAACGCUGAAGGAUUUGAGCUCUUUUACUGCUUACAUUUUGUCACAGGCUGCAGCUCUUUAACUAACCCUCUUGCUCCCCUCCCUGUUCUCCUCUCUCCACAUGUAGCUGCCUGAUAGUUAUUCAACGUACAGGACAUAACAGAGGUCAACACAUUAGAGAUCUCUAAUGUCGUUCGGCGUAGCUUGAGGGAAUAACCAAUACACUCUGCUGAUUUAUUUUAUAACCUAAAAACAAAUAUAAUCAGGUAGUUUUUUUUAAUGGCUAAAAAUAAAGUGAGAUGACAGAAUUUCUUGUUUCUGUGUGACUAAAACUGGUACAGCCUUUAUAAGUGAUGCUCUUGCAGGUACAAAAGCUGGCAGAUACAGAAAUUUACUGUGACCUUGAAUGAAUUUGAAAAUAUUUGUACUAGCUUCCUCUCCUGGGAAAGAUUCCCAACAAAGUUUGGCGCUUGACCACAGGGAUUCUCUUUCUGUGGGUGAGGUCGAUGACUGAUGUUGGGCGAUAAAGUCUGGCUUGAAUUCUCUCUGGUUUGAAGAAAAGGAGCAUGGUUAACUCUGAUGAUUUCCUGAAAUGCUGUUUUAAAUUUAGAGCGCAGUGUUUACCAGAAUUUCCUUUAAUGUAAAGACUUAAUUACAGCUUUACAAACCCAAUACUUGAAAGUAUGCCCUCAUGGCAUGCACUGAACAACUAACAUCCAUCUUAUUGUUCAUAUCUGUCUGUGCCUGAUUUCCUCUGCUGAGUAUUUGGACCCAAAAUAGCAGAUCUGCUUGAAUUAAAGCGAUUGCUUUAGACUUUUUGUUGAAGCGAUCAAAGUUUUUGGGUGGUCCUGGUCCCAUCAGACUCUGUCCUCCUCCAUCAUGCGUCUGUCACUUUGCUCAGUAAUCUGGGUUUUAUGGAGUUCAUGAGCAGUGUUCAGCGGUUUGUUUGCAGCAGCCUGUUUGUGUGCGUGCGCUCCUCUGAUAUAAAAAGUUUCAUCAGCCCCCGCUGCAGCUCAAGGCUGAAUCACUGCAAUCACACGUUUCACUCGGAUGACUAAAGCAGAAAGGUGCUCUUUUGUUGCCAUGGCGAUGUGGUUUUCAGCUCCAGAUCAGUGCCAUGAUCUGGCAGGGUUUUUCACCAUAAUUUCAGGGCUGUAACCUUUUAGCAGUAACAUUAUUGGAAUAUGUAUAAAAGUGUUUGUCCUCGUACUGAGUUUUCACUGCUGCAGCAAAGUGCCUCUUAUAUCCAGGCUGAUGUUUUUUCUGUGAUUCAGGUUCAGAUGGAGACGUCGCCUCUUCAUCAUCUCCGCGCCCAACGAUGAGGAGUGGGCCUAUCAGCAGCAGCUCUACGCCCUCACCAGCCAGGCCUGCAACCUUGGUGAGCCAAACUGCAAAGUCAGACUAACACAUGAUUGGUCAAUUCACUGACUUCACUGCACAGAUGCUUCUUUUUAAGUUAGAUUUUUGUUAUUUCUGUCAAUGUGUUUUUUGCAAGACUGUGGAGCCACUUUAAAUCGAAAGUCUGCCUUUACUCGAUGCAUCGCUCCUUCCCCUUCCUACUUUCUGCAGCUGUUUUCAGUCCCCUCUGUGUUUUCAGCUCUCACUGCUCUUUCUGUGCUCUAAACUAUUUCCUGUUUCUGCUGCCAGAAACAAACAAACAGAACAGAGAGCUUUACUUCCCCAACAGCCCGGCACGAAAAGAAAAUGUCAAAAUCGUUAAUGCAGUGACUGUACGAUGAAUCAUAUUUGUUAGUCCAGAUUGGCAGAAGGGAUAUUAAUCCUGACUGAUUUAUUGUUUUUUUAUAAGCCAGCUGUAUUUUCUGAGGGACUGCAGCAGACCAAAACCUUAUCAUCUCCUGCUUCCAAUAGUUUUGUGCUUUUUGAUAAAAAAAAACCUGCUCUGAUCAUCUUCUGAUGUUUUUUUUCCUUUAAAUGAAGCUUACUUUUAUGUCCCACAGAGUCUAAAUUACUUUAAGGUCCCACAGAAUGAAAAGCAGAUUUCUCCUUACCUAUACACAAAUACUUAAGUCAUCCUCCAGCCUAGCAUUGCUGAGAAUGAAGUGAAAAGGCCUCUGCACAGACUGGAAAAUGAAUUUCCCCCCUGUGGUGAUGCAGUGAUAGGAGUGACUUGUUUAUGCUAGCAUUACAGGCAGCAUAAUCACCGACUUUGAGAGAUUCCCCUCACUUUUACAAGACUGGAUGGCACUGACUUCACUGGCCUCAUGUAACCUACAUAAAAACCUUGGAGUAGAUACGUGCUGUAGGUGUCACGGUUUUGAGUUAAGCAAAAAGGAAAGGGCCCAAAUGCAGAAACAAAAAAGAUUAUUCAAAAUGAACUAAAUAAAAAGCAACAAAAACUUACUUUGAAUGUCCAACAGGAAUAUUCCCAAAGGCAAAAAACACAAGCGGCCAAAUCCAGAAGAACCAAAAAUCCAAAAUCCAACAAAAGACACAUGGAAAAAAAUCACAAGGGGACACUGGCAUACAGACACACAGACUUUCAACACACACAAUGAACCAACAAAGAAACAGGGGAAGACAAGGGCUAAAUAUACACACAGGGAAACGAGCAAAGAGGGGCAGGUGAGACACUGAGACACAGGUGAAGACAAUCACAGAGGAGGGAAAACUGAGGAAGUAAAACAAGACUAGAAACAGGGAAUAAACUACUACAAAAUAAAACAGGAAACACUGAAAACUGCUAUAAAGAAUAAAACGCACAAGACAGGACUACAGAGGAACAGGAACACUAGUGAAAAUCCCAAUGAAAAUACACUCGAGGCAAACAAAAAAACAGGGAAAAACUAAAAACCAGAACAUAUCAUGACAGGAGGUUGAGGGUCGAGCUUUUAAAUUACUUCAAAAAGGGUUAACCUGACACUCAGCUCACAGUUAAAGUCAUAUCUGAGUGUGGAGUACACUCUCUUGGUGAUAUUUUUCUGUUCAUAUGACCAUCAUAAGGCUGACUAGUCUGACUUUACGAGGCAUAAAAGUUACACCCAGGUUUAAUCCAAACAGGACUGGCUGGAGCUUAACACACAGCCAUAACACUCAGAGACAAACUGUUGUUACAGCGGCUGCAACACUACACCUAUAGCCUCCUCCUGUAACUUACUAUGGAUCAUGUUUGUAAUGUACUGGUGUUGGUUCUUCUGGAGGGCUCGCCAAAUCUGUUUUGGUGUUUUUCCACCUCUGCGUCUUCUCCACAGAGACCUUAAAAUACCUGAAUUGCCCUUUAAUUUCACCCUGGCAUGUUCCCUCUCACUGCCUGCCAAAGUAUUAGACCACUUAACAAUUUGUAAAUCACAUCAAGAAGUUGAUAAAAUAGACUCUGUUUGUUUGCUGCAACUCUCCAGACAUUAGUGUGUGUGUGUGUGUGUGUUUGCAUGCACGGUGUGUUUGUGUAUGUGUGUAAAUGUGCAGAAGGAUCCCAGAUGACAGAGCUGGCAAAGAGCCGCUCUGUUCUGUCUGCAGCUAACAAGCUCCUUCUCUCCCCUGACGACGGCCUUUUCAGCGAGCCUGUUACUCAACUUUUCCACAGUUACUUAAAUGUUAUUACUGUAUAUCUCAAAAAGAGGCAUUUAUCUAAACUUUGCAGAUCUUAACCAGCCGACGUGUCGGACAGAUUUAUGUCAGAUAAAUGUGAAGUUAUAAAAAAAGGCCUUGGCGAACUUGGCUCCUCUGUUCAACCCAAUAAAUUCCCUCAUGUGGAGUUUCUCCCUCCUGUUACAGACUUGUUUGGAUGAAUUCAAGAUUUCUGACAUUUCAACUCGGCUGUUAUGUCUUCUCUGAACACUCUCAGGAAAUAUUUAAAGAAAGUGCAAGAGUCAAAGUCGUAAAUAUGUCAGAUAGUUCUGUAAGUUUUAUUCCAUUUUACUGUUACGAUGAAAGUUUAAGACUUCAUUUCAUCAGAUCAAGAAGUCUUGAUGUUAAAAAUUAAGCAGUUUAAACUUAUUUUGCAUGUAUGGAAGAGGUGAAAGUAGCAUCUGAGUCUCCAUUUGUUGGUUUAAAACCUCUGACAUUUUUAGCAGACCCUAUUUGUGGAGUUGUGACUAUAGUUUGAUGAUGGCAGGAUACACGUUGUUCAUCUUAGCCCUCAGUUGCCGACAGCUCUUGAAGGGAUAUUCCGGCGGAAAAUCAAGUUAGGGUCAAACACAGUGCAACACCGAGUUAGACACCCCGUCGAGAGAUGAAUGUUGCCGACCGCUUGCUUCUCUAGUUAUACCAACUUUAGUAACGACCAUAGAUAGCAAUACAGAGAGUCACACGCUCAACCAAAACACCACUCUAUAGCCACAAAUAAUGCUCAGAACAGCACCUAACUUCAUCAACAGUACAUAUAGGGUCCCAGCCAUAGUUCUAGCCACCAAACAUCUUUUUAGCUUUGCCUAAUUUCUUUAGCAAAGAGACUAAACACAACUCACCUACUCUCUUCCAGCAGCCACUUGUUUGUACAGAGAUCUCUGAGUCCAUCGACUGCAGCGGGGUGACGCAGCUCAAGGAAGAACAUUUAUAAUUAUUACUUCAUGGAAAUGCAAUCAGACAGAGAUGCUAAGGCAGAAGAACUACCUCAUCUGCAGUUCAAAAUGAUUAAUAUGAUGAUUAUUACUUCAAGGAAAUGAUAAAGUAGGUCAGCAGUUGUUACUAAAGUUGGUAUAACUAGAGAAGAAAGCGGUCGGCAACAUUCAUCUUAUGACGGGUGUCUAACUCGGUGUUCCGGUGUGUUUGACCCUAACCUAAUUAUACGCUGGAAUAUCCCUUUAAUGUGGUCUCUUAAAGGAACCAUAGCUUGGAUGAUUGGAUGACAGACCAGCAUACACUGACUCUGAUUUUUAAAGCCUUCACAGUUUAUUCAUUGAGCCUGAACCCUUCCCAAUGAGUCCCCUGUACAAAAAGUCUUAUUUUUAGAGUGGUAACCUGCAGUGAUAUCUGUUUGUUUCCACACUGUUUUACCUCAAGUCAUGGGACAACUCCCAAAGAAGCUGGUCUUGCUUAUCAGCAGGUCCAGACCAGAAUCUUUGAGGAUUCUUUCCCUCGGUUUGUUGCUCUUGGCUGGGUUUACACUGUGAGCUGUUGCCUCCCUCCCUCCCUCCUCAGACAAAGACCCGUCCUGCUGACUGGACUGAAGCCUCCUGAGGUUUGAUCCUGGUAGUCAGCACUUGGCUCUGUCUCUCUCUUAAGUCUGGGUCCUGGUGUGUUUAAUGUGGGCUUUUUGCUAGAAAAGAGACAGGUUUUUGGCAGGACUCUUCGGACCACCACGCUCUGCUCCCUUCACCUAAACCCCCUUUAGCUCGGGAUGGUUUGAGUAACAAACAAAUAGAGAAAUCAGCUGGAAGAGCAGGAGGUCUGCUGAAUGAAGAACAGUGUGGACAUGAGGUUCUUGUUGAGAUCCAGCCUUUUCUGUCAUAUUCCUGCUGUUCUCUGAUAUGUUGUUGUUUUCAUGGCUGCAGGUCUGAGGCACAUCGCCAUCCUGAAGCUGGUCGGCACGGAGAUACUGGAUAUGGGUGGAGUCCUGGAGCUGUAUCCUAUUAAUGGUUAGAACACAUAGCAGCAUUACAAGAGCACACUUGACUUUAUUUUACUGGAUGUUUAGACCAAAACUAAAGAGAAACAUUCACUAUGCAUGCUUUAGUAUAUAAAACAGAUGUUUUUAAUAAUGCUAAUAUCAAAAAUUUAACCUCAUAAAAAACCCCUUUCUGCAAAACCAGGAAUCCUUCUGCACAGAUUUAAGUGUCCAUCUGGCUUUUCUCAUCUGUGAUAUGGUACAGCAAAUCUAAGAUCCAAUGUGAAUCUGGUCUUUUAAGGUGUACAAAUGGGAAUUAUUUACAUAUCUCGAAACAUGAUAAAUAGAUAUAAAUGAAACGAAAAUGCUCCAGAGAUGCAUGAUAAGUAUAAUCCUGCAUUUGUUGCAUUUUUACCACCAAAAAAUACCCAGUGGUGUUAAUUCUUUCAGGGUUGUCACGACUUAGCUUGCGAGCCAUGAUAAAAAAUAGGAGACAAACAGUUUAAAUUGAAGAAAGGAAGGAUUUAUUUAAUUAAUUAACUAACCAAAAUGUGCAAAAGUUAUGCAAUGUGUUAGCCAAACCCGAACCUCCCCCUAGACACUCGCCCUACACACUCUCCCUCUCCGCCAUAUUGAAGGCCAUCCCAAACCACAGAGUGCGGAGGGCCAGUGGACUGUUCACCCCUCAAUAGCGAGUCUGCACCGAUGCGCACUCACGACAGGAUUUGCAGGUAGUGCGCCGGCAAAAAUUAGGGAGGAGGAAACAAAAUACAAAUAUAAGUUCCACAUGUGUCCACCUUUGUCUUACUGACAAAAUAAGAAGACAUGGUUUGGAAAGAUCAAAUGGAAGUCGGUAAACUUACUCUGUGCUGACGUUUGAUUUGAUUGGUCAGGCACAUGUCAAGUAGUAAUGGGGUUUAAAGACGUGUGGAAUCACUAACAAUUAAAAGUAUAAUUUAGCUCCUGUCACUCUGAUGGUUGCUGGAUUUAUGAUUUCACUGGGACAAUGAAAAAAUGAGGCACAAUGAGAACUGUACACAAUGUCCGCUUACUAAGAAAAUAAGCGCUGCCUUGCACAGGACGCGUCAUUAUGUUGCUAUGGCAAUGAAUCUUUCCAUUUUCCGGUGGAGUGAGGAGGGCGUCCCACACCCGCCCAUCUUGUUUAUACCCUCCCAUUUCAAUUGAGGCGCACUCCAUAGUUGCGAAUGUAACUUCAUUACGACUGACACUAGGUAGUGAAGGGCGAGUGUGUAGGGGGUGGUUUGGGAUUGGGCUUAAGUCUGGUCUUAAAUACUCCUGGGAGACCAGCCAGGUGCUCCCAGUUUCAUUAAUUGACUCCACCCACCAGGACCUGCCCAGACAGGAGGGCCGCCACAGGGUGUAUUUUUAAGAGGACACACUUUGAUCCAACACAUUUGUCCCUCAGGAUUAAAUUGCUGCCUUAAGGGUUAGGGUAUCUAGUUUAUUCCUGCAGGGUCUGCUACUGUGAGGCAAACUGAAACGAUUGAGACUUUUGGGGUUACAAAAACCCCAGACUUGAAAGAAUGAAACUAUGAAAGAAAACUCCAAGGGUUCAAGAAUCAAGAAAGCAAAAAUAGAGAACUAAAAGGACUGGAGCUCUUAUCCAACAUAAAUAAAAGAUGGGAUGGUGCUCUCAACACCUCCUCCCAGAAAAAUAAAGGAACCAAAGACUGACCUAAACCUAGCAGCUGCUCACCUGAUAGCGCUCAGGUGUGCAGCAGUUAGAGGGAGGAAGGACCAGAGUUUAAUACAGUUAACCCUGGUUUGCUUGUGUUUCCACAUCCACAGCAGACUCUGCCUUACUCUGGCGCUUAACACAAGAAGCAUGUUGGCUGGGUGAUGGCCUUGGAACGGCUUGAUGUUUUGGCGUGCAUGUUAACAGAUUAGACUGUUUAGACCGUCAGCGGCACGUGGAUCUCAGCCAAAAAUACACACAAAAAAAUGACUCACUGAGGGCCGUAUUUGCUCUGGAUCAGCGAUGUUUAUGUCACACGAAUGAGAAAAAUACACUUCUGAAAUGCUUUUCAAAGCAAAAGCCAGAUCUGUUUUUUCCCUUUUGGAGUGAGCCUGUGGAGCAUGCUUUGACUCUACAUACAUAUGAUGGAGUCUGGAUGUACCGAUCAAAUAAAAUCAGGUUAGAAGUGAUUGAUUCAGUGCCAUCUCUUCUUUCCUCUCCUCCUAAAUCAUUAAAGUUUAGGGCUGUACGCCGACAGAAAGUAGGACUAGAGGGGAUUGUCGUUUCAGUACCUUCCCACCUUUCAAGAUUGGACAAAAAUAAGGCAGAGGGUUUAAAAAUGUCAUCUAGAGGAGUACUUACUGUUCUGCCAAGUCCCAAAAGAAACCUCAAAGACUUGCUGUGAACACGUAACCUCUCCGUACUGUAAAACCUCACAGCUGCAGGACCAUGUGUGCCGCUGAUGAGCCAGAAGACACAGAAUCAAAACAUUAUUUUCUCAUUUCGUGUGACCUGGUAUGUGUUUCUCAAGAGAUUUCUCGAUGAAAUGAGGCGUUAAACUUCUUGGGAAUAAAGAGAAAUGACUCAUGCUUUUGAGUGACUGCAAAAGCACGAGCUGUUGGACCGGAGUUACUGACAUUUCUGUUUUUGACAUUUUAAGCUCAGCAUGUGGACACACAAAAAUGUCAAAGAAAACAAUGCUGUCUUCUUGAGGCUGCAUUUAUAAAAUAACUGUCCUAAAUACUUCGUCUCUGACCUGAAUAUCUGCUCCAUCUUUUCAGGGAGUGCUACUGUGGAGCGCGAAGGGCUGUCAGGCAUGCUGGUGAAGGACAUGAGGAACUACUUCCAGAUCAGCCCGGAGUACUUCUCCAUGCUGCUGGUGGGGAAAGACGGAAAUGUGAAGUCCUGGUACCCCUCGCCCAUGUGGUCCAUGGCGAUAAUCUACGACCUGGUGGACUCUAUGCAGCUGCGCCGACAGGAAAUGGCCAUCCAGCAGUCACUGGGUAUGCGCUGCCCUGAGGACGAGUACGGAGGCUACGGCUACCAUCAGCACGGGUACGAACACGGUUACCAGGAUGGGUACCACCAAGGAUACGGCUAUUAG